UGAGUGUGCCUGUGUGCGUGUGAGUGUGCGUGCAUGUUUGUGGUGGUUGCAAUAGAUUUGUUUGUGCGUAGAAAGGAAAGCGUAAAUUGUUGCAACGAAAAUUGGACAGAGACAUCAGAGAAGCGUUUGCAAACUUCCAAAGAACACUCGGUAAGCAUGCCCCACGCAGCCCACGCAUCAGCAUGGACAUCAUGGACAUUCAGGCUGUCGAAUCCAAGCUGAGUGACGUCACAGUGACACCAAUACCACGCUCGCAAGUGCAAAACUUUUACAACUACCAGCAGCAGCGUGAACAGCGCGAGCAGCAGCCCCAAAUCCAAAUAUCUGCCAUCCAUCAUUCGCGUGGCAACUCCGGGGGCAUGGGUGCCACGGACUAUUCCACCACCAGCGGCAGCAGCAACGCCAACAGUAACAAGCGCGACCGUUCCGGCGACUACAGCGCAUCCAGCAAACAAAAUUCGGCGGCUGCCAAUGCUGCUGCGGCAGCCGCGGUUGCCGCCUUGCAAUAUUCACCGCAGUUCCUGCAGGCGCAGCUGGCUCUGCUGCAGCAGCAAUCCAACACCACGGCCACGCCGGCAGCUGCCGCUGCAGCGGCCCUCUCGCUGGCCAACAUUGCGGCAGCCACCAAUGGGUCCCGCAACUCGGGCAACAGCAAUGGUAACAAUUUGGGUCUGAAUCUGACGCAGUCACAGCUCAAGUACCCGCCCCCGUCCACAUCGCCGGUGGUGGUGACCACCCAGACAUCGGCAAACAUAACCACACCCCUCACAUCCACAGCCAACCUGCCGACAGUGGGCAGCCUGAGCACCGGCAAUGGCCUGACCAAAUACGCCCAGCUGCUGGCCGUCAUCGAGGAAAUGGGACGCGACAUAAGGCCAACAUACACAGGGUCGCGCAGCUCGACGGAGCGGCUGAAGCGGGGCAUUGUCCAUGCACGCAUUUUGGUGCGCGAAUGCCUGAUGGAGACCGAACGAGCGGCGCGUCAAUGAGAAGAGGAGUGCAGUGGCGAUUUGACGCCACAACUCCUAUCGCCGGACUGAGUGUUGUUCGGGUAGGAGUCGGUAGGCUCUAGGGCUAGAAUAAGUUUAAAGUUUAAAUUGGGUUUGCCCGUUUGUUGUAUCUAUCGAUCGAUCGCUCGAUGUGUGUAUAUCUCAGUCGAAGGAGAGGAAAUCCGCAGCACUUGUAGGGCUUUCCGUUUUGGCUUUCUAUAUAUAUUAGUUUCCAUAUAAACGGCAGAACUGUGCCAGCGCGGACCAUAGUUAAAGAAUGUUUAGACUAGCUCAGGUUAUAUACAGUUAAUAGAGUACAUAUAUGUAUGUAUGUGUAUGGGUGAAUAUUAAGCGGAACCAGCACACACACACAUCGAAGGUACAUCCAAUCGAUGCACAGAAAGGCGUGAAGUGCGAGGAGAGCGUAAUUAUUACACUGCCCCCACUGGGGUCUACGAUAUUGUGUGGAAUUCGAAGCUGAUUCCGGCGACCCUUAUUUUAGAGAACUAUACAAUGGAUGUAUGAUGUAUAUACAAUACAAAA